CGGGGCUGAGGGGAGCCGCGUUCACCCGGCGGUUCGCGUCCGAGCAGGGUCGCGGGCCGGGUCGUGGAGCUUGAGGGCGGGGGACGAGCUGUGCGCGGCAGAGGACCGGCUCAUGGCGGAGAGUUUUCAGAAGAAAGUGACUGACUCCCCUGACACAAUGCUUAGUAAUGGGUUGAACAACAGAUACCGUGUGUUGGAAGUCAGUGUAAUACAAAGAAAUGGAAGUGACCCUGAGAAACACUUGACGAUUACAGCAUCUCAGUCACUGGAAGAUAAAGAGCUGUGCAUUCUUAGGAAUGGCUGGGAGUCUGUUCCGGUUGUUCCAGGAGACAUCAUUCACUUAGAAGGGGAGUGUAGCUCUGGUACCUGGGUCAUAAAUGAACAGUCUGGAUACCUGGUACUUUACCCAGAUCUGCUGCUUUCUGGCACUACGAUAUCAAAUAGUAUUCGAUGUAUGAGAAGAGCAGUACUGAGUGAAAGGUUUAGGGGCUCAGAUUCUGGUUCGCGCCAAACACUCGUUGGUACAAUUCUUCAUGAAAUUUUCCAGCAAUCUGUAACGAAUAACUUGGCACGAGAAAAAGUAGAAGAACUAGCAAAUAAAAUUGUGUAUGGACAAAAGUAUCUCAAAGAAAUGUAUCACUUAAAUGUGAAACAAACAGAAGUAAUGCAGGAAGUGGAAGAAUAUUUGCCGUCGUUUUUCAAAUGGGUGGAAGACUUCAUGCAUAAUCCAGCUAACCAAAAUAAAAUGCAACUAAAACUGUCAAGUAGUGAAAAACCAGAAGAUUUCUCUUCGAAGGUAGAGAUUGUGGAUAUCUUAGACAUUGAAGAGAAUAUCUGGUCUCCCAGGUUUGGGUUGAAGGGAAAGAUUGAUGUUACAGCCAGGGUGAAAAUCCAUCGCCGGUCUGGAGUACAGUCUAGGAUAAUGCCGUUAGAGCUCAAAUCUGGCAAGGAAUCUAAUUCCAUAGAGCACAGAAGUCAGGUUAUUCUGUAUACAUUGUUGAAUUUAGAACGGAGAGUAGAUCCUGAAGCUGGAUUUCUUCUUUAUCUUAAAACUGGUACUAUGUACCCUGUUUCUGGAGCUCGCAUGGACCGAAGAGAAUUAAUGAUGUUAAGAAACCACGUGGCCUUCUACUUAACGCAUAGUACAUAUAAAUCUGCUGUGGGAAGACAGCAUUCACAGCUUGCUGCUUUGCCACCUGUAAUUGAUGACAGUCAAGCCUGUAAAUAUUGCUCCCAAAUACACAAUUGCUUUCUAUACAGCAGAGCUGUAGAACAAAAGAUGGCCAGUGUGUCUCUUCCUCCUGCUAUGGUACCUAUUAUUGAAAGAGGGACCCAGCACCUGAAACCUUCCCACUUAGAGUAUUUCAGCCUGUGGUACCUAAUGUUAACCUUGGAGCUGCAAAGUGGAGAGGGUAAAAAGGGAUAUAAAGAUAUAUGGAUGAUACCUUCUUUGGAAAGAGAGAAGGCUGGAGAUUGUGUUGGAAACCUGGUCAGAGUUAAUGAAGUGCAGGAAAUUUCUGACGGACAGUAUCUACAUUUUUUCCAACGUAGAAAUGGUGCCAUACCUAGAACAAACCUGUUGGUUGGUGAUCGAGUGGUUGUGAGUGGACAGGAAAAUGGUUUACUUGGUUUGGCUACUGGCUAUGUUAGAGAAGUCAGUGUGACAAAAGUCUCCUGUUUGUUGAGCAGGAAUUUGUCAAAGCUCCCCAAGAACACCAUAUUUAGGUUGGAUCACGAAGAAGGAGAUUUUGGUAUAGGAGUCCCUUUUGAAAACCUUUCGAAAUUGAUGAAAGAUUCCCCAGUCAGUGAAAGACUCCGCAACUUGAUAAUUGACUUCCACAAACCACGUUUUAUUCAGCAUUUGAGCUCUGUCCUUCCUCCAGAAGCAAAGGAAACUGUUGCAAAUAUUUUAAAGGGUCUAAAUAAGCCUCAGAAACAGGCAAUGAAACAAGUGCUACUUUCAAAAGACUACACGCUUAUUGUGGGUAUGCCUGGAACAGGAAAAACUACUACGAUAUGCGCGCUAGUGAGAAUUCUUUCUGCUUGUGGCUUCAGUGUUCUUCUGACUAGUUUUACACACACUGCUGUGGACAAUAUCCUGCUAAAGCUAGCCAAAUUCAAAGUUGGUUUCUUGCGCUUGGGGCGAGCUCAGAAGGUUCAUCCAGAUAUACAGAAAUUUACAGAAGAAGAAAUUUGCAGGUCCAAAUCAAUUAAAUCUGUAACAGAAUUGGAAGAAGUCUAUAACAGUCAGCCAGUGGUAGCAACGUCUUGCAUGGGAGUAAAUCACCCCAUCUUUGUUCAGAAGCAGUUUGAUUUCUGUAUAGUUGAUGAAGCUUCCCAAAUAAGCCAGCUCAUCUGCCUGGGCCCCCUGUUCUGCUCCAAAAGGUUUGUGCUGGUAGGGGAUCAUCAGCAGCUGCCUCCGCUUGUACUCAAUACAGAAGCAAGAGAUCUUGGCAUGAGUGAAAGCUUAUUUAAAAGGUUGGAACAAAACCAAAAUGCUGUUGUCCAAUUAACUGUGCAAUACAGAAUGAAUAGUAAAAUAAUGUCACUGAGUAACAUGUUAGUGUAUGAAGGCAAACUGGAAUGUGGCUCAGAGAAGGUGUCGAAUGCCACUGUUAACUUGCCCAACCUAAAAAAAUUGAAACUGGAACUUGCAGAUGCUUCAAAAACAUGGUUGAAAGAAGUACUUGAUCCAGACACACCUGUGUGUUUUCUGAAUACAGAGAAGGUCCCAGCACCAGAACAUGCAGAAAAAGGUGGUGUAAGUAAUGUGACAGAAGCUAAACUAGUACUCUUCCUCACAUCCUUAUUUAUUAAGGCUGGCUGUAAGCCUUCAGACAUCGGCAUUAUAUCACCAUACAGACAUCAAUUAAAAACAAUCACUGAUUUGAUGGCAAAAUUGAAGGAGAACAGGGUGGAAGUCAACACAGUAGACAAAUACCAAGGAAGAGACAAAAGUAUCAUAAUUGUAUCUUUUGUUAGGAACAGUAAUGAUGAAAAUCUUGGCACCCUCCUGAAGGACUGGCGACGUCUUAAUGUUGCUAUCACAAGAGCCAAACACAAACUAAUCAUGGUGGGCUGUGUUCCAUCCCUGUGCCGCUAUCCUCCUUUAGAGAAGCUACUCUGCUAUUUGCAGUCUGAGGCGAUGAUCUUCAGUCUUCCAGCAGGGGCUCAUGAAAGUAUCCACAAGUGUAACAUUUUAUGAUUGUGAAGAUGGAAGAGUUUUACAGGCAUUCGUGUAUUUUAUUCUGGUGCUGCUUAAUGUAAAUAACUGGUUAGUGGGGUAUGAGCGCUGAUGUGCACUGUUUAAUCUGAAUGAAACCAAAACAGAAAUCACAUUCAAUUAUUUUAAAGGUUUCCUUUCAGUAAAAUAACAGCACGCAUUUCUUUAAUAAGCUGGUCAUUUUGGUACCAGCGUACUUGUAACAAACCAGUAAUAUGAAGUAUUCUGUUCCUUCAGAUACUGGAUAGCUACUUCUAUAUUCGUUUUUAUCUUGAUAAACAUUAUCUGCAUAAGUGAAUGGGGAAGCACUUGAGGAGGAGCGGGGAGUAAACCAAUGCUGCACCGAGUCAUAGUUCUCUGCGCUCAGUUUGGUUUUAAAGACUUUAAAAUGUAGUUUACAUACGGUAAUUCCAUUUAUUAGAAUUCCUAAUUAAGAAGCUGUGUUGUACUGUUUGGAAAAAAAAAAAUGAGGAAAAACUUCUUUCUCUUCUUUAAAGCCUCAUGUUUUUCUUUAGCUUCUGUUUUUUUUUAAAUACUAAGGUCUUUUAUAUUUAUAUACAUAAUGUGGCUAAUCUCUCGUAUGAAGAUCCCUUGAUGACUUUUCUAAUCUCUUGAUUUUGCGUACACCUGGGAGAAAUGUGAUGUUGAUUCACUUAAUUCCCUUUUAUGAACUAAUGUAUUUAGCAGAUAAAUCUGAAGUGAAAUGCUGCCCAGUUGAAGAUCAUGGUAAAACUCUAGUUUCAGUUUAUCUGAUCUGUAGUCUUUUCUUAAAAAAAAAAAAAAAAAAAAUUCCCAAGAAACAAAACUAGAGAUGCAGCUUGAUGAUUAAGAAGUUUACAUGCUCAGGUUCUAUUUUUAGUAAAGAUGGUAGUAUAUGUACGAUACAAAAUAUCCCUUACUUGACAGAUCUGUUGUUGUUUCUUUAUACUACCUCAUACUCUAAACUAUUACUGAGAAGCUUCUUUCCAAGAUUGCUGGUGGAAACAUCAAUUUUUUUCAUUCUUCAAAAUCAUUAGUAUUUGUUUUCUCUUGGAUCAAUGUCAAGUAGUUGUGUGCAUAUAGUUGCAGGCAAACUUCUAGAUAGCUAACAUGGGCAUUUUCACUCUUUUUUUAAACUGCUCCCUAACUUUUGUAAUGUUUGAAAUUAAUAAAAAUUUGAUGUUGGUUUUGU